AUGGGUUUCCUGUCUAUUGGAGCUGGGACAACAACAACUGUUCCAAAGAGCCCAAUUGAUGAUGGAGCUAGUCGCCAAGGGGCUUCGCUGCACUCAAGUAAAUCAAAAUCUGAUUCAGACGAAAACCCCAAGAACACGGUUGCUCAUGAAAUCAGUAGUCGUCAAGGAGCUUUGCUAAACUCGAAUGAAUCGGAAGUCGAUUCAAAUGAAAACGUCCAACUUGACGAAUGGAACAAUAGUGGACCCACAAGUCCUCCUGUUUCCAGAGCGGAGAGUCCUACGUGCCAACAGUUUACACCAGAGAGAGUUAGUAUGACAGCUGUCGCAUCAUUGGAAGAAGAUUCUAGGAAACCCGCGGUGACUGCAAGUGCGAGAAAUCAGACCAAUGCGCCAUCUUUUUUGCUGGGAAUCGACGAUGCUAUCAAUGCUAUGAUGACAGAGAUGAAUCGUGCCGAGGUAGAAGAGGAAAGCUCCGACUGA